UUCUUAUUUUUUUAAAACGUCAAAUUCGUUCCUCCUUCCUAUCUGUCGCGAUCCCUCAAUUCUCUCCUGUUCUUAGAUUCCGUUUUUUUUUCCCUUUUACUCCAACUGCAACUGAACAGCCUGCUCGGCUCGCAUGUUAUUUUCAUUUUCCCAAAAUCUUUUUCUAAAGAAACUUUAUUUUUCUGGAGAAAGUUAGGGGUUAUAUCAAUAUACUUGUAGAGAAGUAGCGAUCAUGAGCUUUCAAGAUCUGGAAGCUGGACGGCCAUUAGGGUCUCGGCAAAAUCUUAACAACGGCAAGCAAGAUGCCACCCAAGCAGUGGCUUCUGGCAUUUUCCAGAUCAACACCGCCGUUUCCACCUUCCAGCGACUCGUCAAUACCCUCGGCACUCCUAAGGACACGCCUGAGCUCCGAGAAAAGCUGCAUAAAACGAGGCUACAUAUUGGGCAAUUAGUGAAGGACACUUCGGCCAAACUUAAACAAGCUAGUGAAUCAGAUCACCGUGCUGAAGUUAGUGCAAGCAAGAAGGUAACGGAUGCUAAACUUGCGAAAGACUUUCAAGCAGUUUUGAAAGAGUUUCAGAAGGCUCAACGGCUUGCAGCUGAAAGAGAAACAGCAUACACUCCUUUUGUUCCCCAAGCUGUUCCUUCUUCAAGCUACACAGCUGGUGAGGUUGACACAAGAUCAGACGAAAGUGCUGAACAAAGGGGCCUUCUUGUGCAAUCCAGAAGACAGGAGGUAUUGCUGUUGGAUAAUGAGAUUGCAUUUAAUGAGGCUAUCAUUGAAGAAAGAGACCAAGGAAUCCAAGAAAUUCAGCAGCAAAUUGGUGAGGUGAAUGAGAUCUUCAAAGAUUUAGCCGUGCUAGUUCAUGAACAAGGAACUAUGAUUGAUGACAUUGGAACCCAUAUUGAAAAUUCUCGGGCUGCAACUGUACAGGCAAAAUCCCAUCUUGUGAAAGCUGCAAAGACUCAGAGAUCAAAUUCUUCCCUGACCUGUUUGCUACUGGUGAUAUUUGCAAUUGUGAUUCUGAUCGUGAUCAUAGUACUGGCAGCCUGAUAAACAAGCUCAUCCAAUGUGAUUGAAGAACCAUUUAGGUAUUGUUUGGAAAGUCACCUAGUUGGGUGUAAUUGUUUGUAAUUACACAAGGAUGACAUGUUUGGGUAACCAUUGUAAUUGAUAAGUCCCACCAAAUUGGGUGACCUUAAAGAUCCUUAAGAUCUUCUCGGGAAGAGGAGGGUGAACCUUUUGGUAAUGCAUUUGAUCAUGUUGUUUUGUGAGGCAUGAUGUCUGACUGGAGUUUCACUAAAAUUCUUAGUAUAUAGCAUGUGGUUAUCGGUCAUUCAUUGUGAUGUUUUUGUUCAUCUUUGGGUAGGUUCUUUUUAGUGUAAGUUGUUUUUGGGUUUAUUGAGGUUGUGUUACAGCUUUCUUGCGUUGCGUGCUCCCUAUUGUUUUCUUGAAAUUUCGUGUAAUAACCAGUUAUAAUUCUUUGUUUCUCAAUAUACAUGCAUUUUGCAUAGUGCCUUCUGGUA